AUGCCACCACAAACAACAACAACAACAACAACUACGACGACGACGCCAAAAAACUACGCAACUAAACGCACCCGUAUCGGCGCAGCAGCUACGCAUGUUCGCCAUCAGCGUCGUCGUCGUGCCGUUGCCGCUGCUGCGACUUCUAACGCUGCCACUGUCACUAUCGUUGCUGCAGCUGAUGCUGUCUGUGAUCGUUUGGGGACCACAUUGACCAUUCCAUUAGCAUUAUUGUGCUUUUGUAGCACAGUGUGGGCUAGUUCAGAACCAAUUGUCAUCCCAGAUUGCGUGCUCGCUGCGUCAGGUGGCUAUGCCUACCCUCCGCCAAAAGUGCAGCUGUCAGUGGCGCCCGCCAGAGCUAAAUAUAAAAUACCGCUGCAAUUGUCAGGCCACACGGGCAGUGGAUAUCUCAAUGUCGAUACAGAGAAAUCUUCAGAAUCAUAUUAUGAAAGCGGAGUCGGAUUAUCGCAGGCCGCACAUAGUGAAAAACUACUGCAAUUGUCAACAAAUCUAGCAACAAAAGGUGGUGGCAUCACAUACGCCGAUCAGCCACUCAAAACACCGGAAUUGAAAAAUUUGCUUACGCCCGCCAUUUCCAGACAAUAUCUGCCGGCAGUAACAGCCUCCUUGACAUCGCCUGGCUUAGGCAAGACGUACACCAGCCUAUCCAGCCUGCCAUCGCCUGCUAUUUCGAAAAGCGCCGAAUAUGAAUCAUCUGCUUACGCAUACUAUCAAUCCAGUCCAACGAUCUCUAAAACUUCCCCAUAUGUCUCACCAUAUGGGCCCGCCGCCAUACCCUAUGGCGCGCCCUACAAUCCUAAGUUGAUAAAUUCGCUAGCAGCCACAUCGCUGACUAAAUUAGAUGGAAAUUUAUUGACGGCAAAAACAGCUGAACCACUCGGCUCUUACUCGUAUGCGCCGCAACUAAGCAGCACCUAUCUUUCUAGUAGCGGCAGUGGCGCGGUCUCACAUCAGCAUGUUUCAAGGCCGUUACAACAAAUUAGCUAUGCCGCACCGGCUAUACAAAAGAUUCCAACCCUCGUCGCCCCUUCAGUCGCCAAAGUGGAGUCAUAUGCCGCGCCAGCUCCCGCCUACAUAGCACCAGCUGUUAAAAAUAUUCUUGCUGGCGCCGAUUACUCAAAGUAUGCCACAGGUGGUGCGUAUUCUCAGCAGCAAAUUUCAAAGCCACUAACCGCAGCAACGUACCUUCCAGCAGUUGCCGGGCCAGCACUUGCGCCAGCGAUAACGCAAUACCCCUCCGCCCCUGUGGCAGUGCAUUCGAGCAGUAGUAGCGAAAAUUAUGGUGCCAGUGGCGCAGUUUCUCAUCAGUAUGUUUCAAAGCCAAUACAAGCAGUCAGUUAUGCCAGUCCAAGUGCGGUUAAAGUCGCUCCGAUAGCAACACCACUCGUAGCACCAGCGCUUACACACUACUCGACCAGACCAUCCGCUCUAUCGUCGCUCCACGCCGUCGGCGGUGGUCAGUCGCUGAAGUACGCAAGUGGUGGCGCAGUGUCGCAUCAGUACGUUUCAAAACCACUGCAACCGAUCAGCUAUGCAGCUGCACCGGUAGCGAAGCUGCCAGUUAUUGCUCUACCCGCCGUAUCUAAGGUAGCCACUUACGCUGCGCCUGCUGUGGCACAAUAUUCUUCGGGCCAUGGAUUAUCCAGUAGCGCAGUUUCACAUCAACAAAUUUCGACACCCAUACAACCGCUUGUGCAGACUUACUCGGCGCCUGCGAUAACUAAGGUCGCCGCUGUUGCGCCACUAGUAGCGCCAGCUAUUACACAAUACUCUUCAGGCGUCGGUCUAUCUUCCACCCAUUCAGGAUCGGAAUCUAUAAAGUAUUCAAGCGCUGGUGCAGUUUCACAUCAAUACGUUUCGAAGCCUUUGCAACCGGUAAGCUAUGCCGCAGCGCCGGUGGCUAAAAUACCAGCUGCCGUCAUACCGGCCGUAAGUAAAGUGGAAGCUUAUGCUUCACCCGCAAUUACUCAGUAUUCUUCCGGACUCGGACUUUCGCAGCUUGGUGGGUACGCUACUUCAGGGCACGGCUACGCCGGUGGCGCCAUUUCACAUCAACACGUUUCCAAACCCAUACAGACCAUAACUUAUUCUGCACCUACGGUAUCCAAAGUAGCUGCUAUUACACCCGUUUUAAAACCAGCUUUGACAGCUAUUCAUACCGGCGCGGAGUCUGUUAAAUACUCAGGUGGUGGCGCAGUUUCGCAUCAGUAUGUUUCGAAACCUUUGCAAACGGUUAGUUACGCCGCAGCGCCGGUGGCUAAGAUAGCGCCCUUGGCCAUACCCGCAGUCGCUGCGCCUGCACUCACGCAAUACUCGUCUGGUCACGGCUUGUCUAAAAUUGUCAGCAAUUACGGGGCCUAUGGUGCCUCGGGCGCUGUGUCGCAUCAGCAGAUUUCCAAGCCUAUACAAACGUUGACUUAUUCAGCGCCUGCUAUAACUAAGGUCGCUGCCGUGGCACCAAUUGCAGCGCCUGUGCUCACGCAGUACACAUCAGGCUCCGGUCUGUCAUCUAUUCAUUCGGGAUCUCAAUCAGUGAAAUAUGCAAGCGGUGGCGCUGUUUCACAUCAAUACGUGUCCAAGCCUAUACAGACGCAAGAAUUCGGCCUGCGACUACCUCAAUGGGCCAAAAGUUAUUUUCCCCACCGAAUGCAAUUCCUAACGGAUCAGAGUUAUAUUUACAACGUUUAUACACCGGAGAUGCAAAAGAUUAAGGCUGGACCAUUUUUGAAAAAAAUGUUUACCGAAAUGCUGGAAAAACGUGAGGGCCAACUUACGCCGAGUAAAAGAAAAUUAUUUAUUUACACUGGUCACGAUACCACCGUGGUGAAUAUACUAUCAGCAUUGAAAAUAUGGAAGCGUCAGCUACCGCGAUAUUCGGUUAUGACAAUUUUUGAAUUACACAAAAACAAGGAUACCGGAGAGUAUUAUGUAGAGAUUUAUUUCCGUAGUCAUGCCAAAGCACCACUUGAGCAAUUAACAAUUCCAGGCUGUGAUUUUCAAUGUCCUUUGGACAAAUUAAUCGAAUUAAAUGCAGAUGUGAUUCCUACAGACGCUAAUAAUGAGCGUUGCUCUGCGAAGAAUGAAGAUUUUACAGAGCCUCCGCUGCGGGGGCCCUAAGUGAUUUACUUACAAAUAUAGUAUUGUUUUAGCCUAAUUUGUUUUUUUUUUUUAUUAGUUUUACAUUUUACAAAAUUGAAAUGAAUUUAACUUUAACUACUAAAAAGUAUGUAUGUAUAAGCUCGCUUAGUAAGUAAAUUGAAUUUGUUUAUAAGUUCCUAAAUAUUUGAAAGUA